GAGCCUGUUUGUUGACAUCGGAGGAGAACGGUGACCAGAUGAGUGAAUAUUGCCCGUAACUACUCGUUUUGUCGCCGCGACCAGGACACUCAGCCUCGGCGGGAGCUCAGGUAACCUGCACUGCCCUGCCUUUGCCCUGAGCCGGAGAACAAGAACAUGGCAGCCAAAGCAGGAGACAACCCCGAGAGCCUCAUGACCCUGGCUACAGUCUACUGCCUGAGGAACCUCAGGAGGACCAUGUGCUACCAGGGGUUUAGAAACAAGCUCUGCCUGCGCUCAGACAUCUUCCUUCCCAGUGAAAUCUGUGACAAGUUGGUCAACACAUACAUGGAGUUGGUGCACACAGACAGUAACUUUGAACCCGAGGAGAGCUUCUUCCAGCUAUUCUCGGACCCUCGAAGCACCAGGCUGACCAGGGUACAGCUGAGAGAAGAGUUUGUACGGGACAGAGAUCUGGAGGCCAUUAAGAAACAGGACCUGAUUGAGCUCCACCUCACCUACUGCAACAGUCUGUCCUCCCGCAGCUUGAAAGCACUAACCUGCUUCCGUGAGACCCUGGUGUCACUUUGUCUUUUUGGCUGCAGCCUCAUCUUCUAUAGGAAAGGCGGCGCCCCUCUCGCCUGUAACGAAGACUCGGACGACGAGGACGCGGAGAGUCCCGUAUCUAGGCAAGCACUGGAGACGGACUUUAACUUCCAGGGUUUUAAUCGCCUAAGGUUGCUCAACCUGGGCGGCCUGCCCGACGAGGUGGACGCAGAGACGCUGCUCAAACCCCUGAAGUCGCUCACCUCGCUAGAUCUGUCCAAUGUACAGUUGGCGGGGACGACUUUUCUCACCCAGUGGAAAGACAGAUUGGCCUCGCUUGUUCUCUAUAAUGUGGACCUGUCGGAGGAGUUGGUCAGUACAGUGGUGGAGCUUGUUAAUCUCAGGCAUCUUGACAUCUCACGGGAGAGCAGACGGACCUCCAAGUUCAAGAUGACCAGGAAGAUCCUGGCGGCGGUCGUUCAGCGUCUGGUCAACCUGGUGUCUCUGGACAUCUCGGGUCACAUUAUGCUGGACAACUGCACAGUUCCACAUUUUGAAGAAGCUAUGGGGCGACCGAGCAUCGAGCCGUGUAAGAGCAGCAUCUAUCCUUUCCAGGAGCUGAAGAGGCCGCUGCAGUUUCUGGGCUUGUAUGACACCACCCUCUGUAACGUGACACACAUCCCUGCCUGUAAGGUGACAGGAUCAAAGAAUGAAGAUCAGGUCCUCAAUGCCAUUGAGGCUUACACGGAGUUCCGCCCUGAACUCGCACACAGAGCCAUCAAUCAGCUGUUUGACAUCGCCAGGAUACAACACUGCAGCCAGCUGCUCCGAGCUCUGCAGCUGGUCAUCGCGGCGUUGAAGUGCCAUAAAUACGACAAGAGCAUCCAGGUGACCGGCAGCGCCGCUCUCUUCUACCUGACCAACACUGAGUACCGCAGCGACCAGAGUGUGCGGCUGCGCAGGGAGGUCAUUCAGGUGGUGCUGAACGGAAUGGAACAGUACCAGGAGGUCACGGUCCAGAGGAACUGCUGUUUGACCCUGUGUAACUUCAGUAUCCCAGAGGAGCUGGAGUUCCAGUACACGCGGGUCAACCAGCUGCUGCUGAAGAUCCUGGAGCCGGCGCGACAGGACGAGUCCAUCCAGAGGAUCGCCGUCCACCUGUGCAACGCUCUGGUCUGUCAGGUGGACAACCAUCACAAGGAAGCUGUGGGGAAGAUGGGCUUUGUUAAGACAAUGUUGAAUUUAAUUCAGAAGAAGCUCCAGGACAGAAUAUGUGACCAGGUGAUGGAGUUCUCCUGGAGCGCUCUGUGGAACAUCACCGACGAGACGCCCGACAACUGUCAGAUGUUCCUCAACUGCCGGGGCAUGAAUCUCUUCCUGGAGUGUCUACAGGAGUUUCCAGAUAAGCAGGAGCUUCACCGCAACAUGCUGGGGCUUCUGGGAAACGUGGCCGAGGUCAAAGCGCUGCGGCCACAGCUGCUCACCCCGCAGUUCAUCACUGUAUUCAGCAACCUUCUGGACAGCAAAGCUGACGGCAUCGAGGUGUCGUACAACGCGUGCGGCGUCCUCUCACACAUCAUGUUUGACGGACCCGAGGUUUGGUCCAUGGAGGAGCCGCGCAGAGACGCCGUGAUGGACAAGAUGUGGGACGCCAUCCAGAGCUGGGACGUGAGCUCACGCCGCAACAUCAACUACAGAUCGUUUGAGCCAAUUCUGCGUCUGCUGCCUCAGAGCAUCGCGCCGGUCAGUCAGCACUGGGCCACGUGGGCACUCUACAACCUGGUGUCCGUUUACCCGAGCAAAUAUUGCCCCCUGCUGAUAAAGGAAGGAGGAAUUAGUCUUUUGGAGAAUGUUCUGGAACUGGACAGCUCACAUCCAGACACAAAGGACAUGGCCAGGAAAGUGAUGGGCCUGUGUGAAAGCUUCAUAGAGGAUCCAAUGGAGACGAACCACGGACAGGAGGCAAACUACGGACAGAGAGGUUGACACCGCGGGAGCCAUGACCGCCAGCCAGCCAGCAGAUGGGGGAAAUGAAACCCAAGCGGAGGCCCCGCCCACUGUCAUCAGCUCCAGGGUCACUCAUGUGCAUUCUUCUUCUUCUUCUCCUUCUCCUCCUUCUCUUUAUUAUUAUUAACUUUGUAGAGCAGAGCUGUCCGACCCUCUGUGAUACAUAGGACUUAAGACGUGGUGCAUGGUGUUUAGUUGUGAGGGACCUUUGCUGCACAUAAGCAUCUCUUCUGUUCCGACGGGUGUGUGUGUGUGUGUGUGUGUGUGUGUGUGGGGCAGGUGAUAGUGUUUUUUUUCUCUUCAGUGUGUGUGUUUGUGGGCGAGUGUUUGUGUGUGCGUGUAGUGAUGCUCACUACAUUCACCCGUUCACUUUGAGCUAAUGGCUAAAUGUCACAUAGCGGCCCGCACCGCUGCAGUCGUCACACUCACUCUGACAAAUGUACAGUGAAUAUUCGCCAUUUACUCGCACGCAGCCCUGCGGCGAUGCAUCACACUGAUGUUCGACGGGACAGCGAUGGAACUCGGUUUUGUUAAAUAUGUAAAUAAUCUCUGUUUGUCUCAUCCUUUUACUUGUGCGUAUGUUUUAUAAUAUAACUGUAAACACGACGUUUCUCUAUAUUUAAAUUUUGUUUAGGGUUUGACGGUGUAUGUGUGAUCGGCGCUCGGAAGCUACACUCACAACGACGCGUCCCGCUCUCUGGAGACGUUUGUAGGGUUUAGUUCAGCCUUUUGUUUGGUGUUUUAAUCUUUGAUCUGUUGAUUCUUCAUAUACUGGAAGCAGACGUGAGUUUCAGAGGGAAAUACAACAUAUUUAUGAUGUGGCCAAAAGUAAGUGGACAGCGUGUAACGCUAGCAUCGUAGCACCACACAGGUUUUCAUGCACUUCAUGCGAUUAUAUACAAAGUCGACACAGACACACGAGUAGACGCUAAUUUAGUGAGAAUAUCAAGUUGCGUAUGCGAUGUGAAAUUCAUGUCACAAGUGCGACGUUUUUGUUAUCAAUUUAAUUUUUUUUCCCCCUCUAUUUAAGAAAAUGGAACUGUAAUGACAACAAAUAUACAAUACAAAAAACUUCAGUAAAAUUACGUUAUUCAACAAAACAGUACUGGUCUGUCUGUCCAAACUGCACGGUAUGUCUACACUGCAGUGCAAUCAUAUAGUGUUUUCAUUAAACUACAUGAAACGGGUGAUUAAAAAAAGCAAAAAAAAACCCCAAGCUUUUGGAUGACUGACUUAAAUGUGACGUAAUGCGUAAUUUAUUGUCGAGUAUUUAGACUCAACCCAUUAAUCGGUCGACCUCUACUUCCAUGUGACUGUGAUCUAGGGCAAUAUAGUGAUUAUUGUGUCAGUUUUAUAGACCCGUUCAGAACCUUCUGGUACAAAGUGUCACAAAUUUUGCAAAAUCCUCGCGAGCAAAGACACAAAACCGUAUCAUAAGUCUGAUUUAGCACCUGUCGGAUUAAGCGUAAUGGUGCAUCUACAGAGAGCGCGAUGGUUUUUCACAAAAGGAGAUCGUAAAGUACGGAGCCCCGGACGUGACAUAGAUGGAAUGCAAAUUCCAUUACGCGAGUCCUCCAAAGAAGAAUAAUUAGCACCUGUGGGAUGAAGUUUAACGGCGUUUUCUCACCGAACAUAACGAUAAAUGUUGGCUCAAUAACCUUUUACAUACUUAGUCAAGUUUCACAGAACUUAUUUCCUAAGUCUCAGUCCAGCACCUGUGGGUUUGAAGUGUAAAGGUGUGUUCACACAAAUAUUACGACAUUCACGCCUGAGUAUCGUGACACGAGUCCCUUGUCGAUGUGACAUUUUGUUGGAGGAAGUCAAAUUCAAAUGUUUGUUGUACAGGUUAAGCGUUGAUAUUUUUAGUCCAGUUCUAUCAAAACGUCAAAAAGUCCUCCAUUACCCACAAUUCAACUCGACCACCAACGAUUACGUGUGCUAUGCUUGUAACGGUUUACCCAGAGCCUCCGAAAAACACCUGUAAAGACUUUUUGAGGUGUUGAACAUUUCUGAGGAGUUUUGUGCGGGCGUCCACAUACUUUAGACCAUAUCGUGUUUAAACCCCACCCCCUUUUAUUAAAAAAUAAAUGAAUAAAUAUGCUGCUAAGAGAAAAACAAACUGCUUCACCCAAAUCAAACACUGACGGGAGAAAGACGGUGCGUUCACUCUCCUCACGUGGACAGAGAGAGACGGAGCGAGUGUUCCGCCUUCCAUCUUUCCUUCCUUCCUCCUUUCCUUCCUUCCUACUUUCCUAACGUUGUUUUUCACUCCAUUUGCGACCUUUCAGGCUCCCGUAGCGUCGACGCACGGCUCGAAUGUUGAAAACAAAAACUCGUUUACAGUUUGAUGUUGGCGAGAGGAAAAAAAGUGAUUUUUAUUGAUAUGAGUUGAUGAUUUUGUACCGUGUGUGUGUGUGUGUGUGUGUGUGUUGGUUUGGGUGGCAACUGUUAUUUCAUUACCCAUCUUCAGUUUAACACAUCAUUUAGAAAAACUGUGACUGUUUUGAACGAUUCUCCAUGUUUUUUUAAAAUGUUCUGAGCUAACGGAGAAAGUAAGGAAUUAUACAUGUAUAUACAUAUAUAUGUAUAUACAUAUGUAUGUAUGUAUAUAUAUAUAUACAAAAAAAGAGAAAGGUGGAUUGUGCAGUACUACAAAUGUCAGACUAAACAAAAGCUAUCCAUGUCAGUAAGCUAUCAUGUUAUUUCUAGCCCGUCAAUGACGAAAAGGUCGCGCGACGUAACGUAGGAAUGUCGGCUUGUUACUGUGCGACUUUUUACACCGAUAUCACAAUCACGAGAGUAAGUUUAUUCAGGAAACUGCUCAGCUGUUUUCUGCUUCCAAAGAAGAAUCAGUUCAGUUAAAAUCUUCACUUCACUGCUUUUUAUUGACAGUCUGUGCUUAGUGGUGCGUUUAUACUGUGAAAGUUAGGGUUUACAGAUCAUGUCGGGCAUAAUGUGUAUGCAUCGAGUCCAGGAGGAGGAGGAGGAGUAGCUCCUGUCACAGCUUCAUCUCAGAAAACACCAGAACAAUAUUUUAACAUUUAUCUGGAGCCUCUUUAGCCAGAGAACAAACUUUAUUUUGGCCAUUUGUGUUUUACCCACCACAACUCACUUGUUCAGAGUGUCGGCAUUCGGGAACGCUUAGUUUACAGGUGAAACAGCGAUUUUUCCAAACGGAAAACUGCAAGUUGCAAGUUUGUAAACACCUGCACUCCUGCAUCAAAGUCUAUUGAGAAAAUCGUUGUUUUUAGAGCGUGUCGGCUGUUGCCACCUUUGGUAAAUUGUUUUCUCUCUGGACUUUUGUGUGUGACGUUUGAGAAAAGCUAAGUUUACAGGUGGUGAAUAUGACUCGGGAGAAUUCCGACACACUCUGCUCUACUCUACUCUGUUUUCACAUAGGUAAAAUAUUUGUUUUCUCACGUCUCCGGAGGCUGAAUGUGGAUUUUUGAUUAUUGGACUUUUCUUUUUUUUUUUUUAAAUAUAGAUAAACCAUUUUUAUAUCAUGUAAUAAACGGACUGUGAGUGCACACAUGUUCGGUUUAGUUAAGCUCUGUGCUGUUCCUCCUUGGUGGUUUGGUGCUCACCUUGUUGCCAUUGUAUUUUUAUUAUUUGGCAGAGUUUCAGCAGCGAUCAGAAGAAAACUCCGCUUUCCCACGGUAGUGAACGCAGCACUGGUGCAGCAAUGCUCCCAUUUUCUCUCCAUGUUGGUUUUUGUCGAAACCCGGCAGAUUUACUAUUGCUGUUUUUGUUGUUGUUGAUGCGCUGUGGUUUCCACGGCAACACACUGACAGCACACAGUGUGUGUUAAGUUCUCACCGUCGCCUGUCACUUUAUUGACGGAGCUGAUUCUCCUUUUUGCCUCGUUUUGUUUUUUUGAUGAAAAGCUUCAGCGAUUCACUCUGAUGUCUCUCUCUCUCACACACACACACACACAUACACACACGCUGUCUGUGUGUGACACGGUGUUUUAAUUGACGGUGCUGGUUUCGUUCCAGCACGUGCGUCCGCCAGCAGGGGGCGACUCUUCCCGAUUAUUUAUAAAACUGUUCUGAAAAAGAGACGAAAAAAAAGUAUCUGUCAUAACUCUUUGUACUCGAACGUGUGUGCGCGUGCGUGCGUGCGUGUGUGUGUGUGUGUGUGUGUGUGUCAUUGGUUUCUUUUGUAAUCACUGAUGUGUUGAAUCUAAAUUUGAGUGAGGAACAGUAGAUCUGAACUGUGUGGACCUCCCCCCUGUUUUUCCUGAUCUAAAUAUUACCAGGCCAUUAGUGUAAAGGAAUGAGUAAGCAAUAAAUGGAGUGGUAAAGGAAA